AUGAAAGUAGAAAUAACUCGAGAAAGCGAAGACCUAAAGCUUGAGGAAUUUAAAGAAGAAAAUUCCCAAUGUACUUAUGAUAAUAACGUGGACUGCAUGCUCAGCGUAGAAGAUUGGAGCAUUCGAAAAGGCAGGCAUUGGAGCAAAAGUCAAACCCAAGCCAUGUGCAAAAUUGUUGAGAAAAAUAAAGUCAAUGGGCGGAUCAAGUGAAGCAGAGUAAUGAUCGAACUUCCUGGGAUGAAACUCGAACAAGUCCAAUAUCGUUAUUUUUACCUGAAAAAGGUAAAGAAGAGAAAUGACAAAAAAAAAGAAGAGAUGAUUAAAAUAGAAACAAAGCGCCGGUUAUUGAAUUUCUUAUUGAAGUGGAGACUGAGAAAUAUGAAGGGCUAG